AUGACGGUUGGCAUCGGCGGCGCGUGGACGGUGUUACAGUACAACAAAGGCUCCUGUGGGACUGGAUAUGGAGAUGGGGAGGGAGGCAUGAAGGAGGGCUACAGCUACAUGAAACUAAGUGUGUAUGUGUACGUGCUUUUGAGUUUAGAUACAACAGUGGAAUAUUCAACAUCCCUUGGUUGUUCAUUUGUGCCUGCAGGGGCGUCCUGGCUAAUUCCGUCCUCACGAAACGUUCUUUUUUUUUAUCUGGCAAAGAAAAACCAAGCUAACAAAAUCCAAUUUUGUCUCUUUGUUUUUUUUUUUUUAGCGUCUUCAUCCGUUGUCCCCAUUCCCGGGACCUUUUCUUGGCCCCUCGCCGCCAGAGGGAAACCCCGGAGAGGGAUGCUGAGGAGGGCGGUGUUCUCCGAUGUGCAGCGCAAAGCCCUGGAGAAAAUGUUCCAGAAACAGAAAUACAUCAGCAAGCCCGACAGGAAGAAGCUCGCCUCCAAACUGGGCCUGAAAGACUCGCAGGUGAAAAUUUGGUUCCAGAACCGCAGAAUGAAGUGGAGGAACUCCAAGGAACGCGAACUGCUUUCAUCCGGUGGCUGCCGGGAGCAGACGCUGCCCACCAAAGCCAACCCGCACCCGGACCUCAGCGACGUGGGCAAGAAGUCCUCAGCCGAGGAGGAAGACGAGGAAGAAGAGUUUCAAAGACAGAGAAUCCGUGCGGACUCCAUCGUCUCCUCUCCGUCUCUUUCCAGUAAGCACUCGGACUUCUCAGAGUCAGAGGAAGAAGAAAUAAACGUAUCUUAAUUUAUUUAAAAAAAAUAAGCCCACAUAGAGAGAAUAUAACCCGUGUUUUGUUUUCAUAUGAGACUGUGAGCAGAUUUGUAAGGAGCUGUCAAACACCUAAAUGUAAUUGUUAAAAACAUUUUCUUUUUCAAAUUUGUUGCUUCAUCAGCGAAUGCGCACUGUACAACAUCUGCGUCUGGGACACAAUUUGCUGUUUUGCACAGCUUUGUUCAAUUGUACAGUAUUUUGUACAAUUUUGUAUGGAAAUUUUAUGCCAAGAAUAUUGACUUUCUUUUACCUUGAAUAGAGUUGUUUAUUGAAAAGAAUGUAGCUAUUUCGUUAAUAAUUUAUAUGAAUUUCUUUAAUAAGUGUGUUGUAUUAUGUGCUGUAUAUAUGUUUAUUCCACACUUUUUGUACAAUACCAAAUAAAAUUGUAAACAAUUCCACGUCAAA